CCGCCUGUGACCUUCCGCCCACCUGCAGCCUCUCCCCCCUGCCCUCCCUCCUGUGCAAUUCCCGUGUGGAGCGUGGCCCUUCCGGAUGGAGAGGAUGAGCUGGCUGAGCAAGCUGAACCCCCGGGCAGCGGCAGGGCACCGGGCGAGCCGGGCGGCCGGCCUGCAGAACCCCGUCACGGCGGACCCCGAGACCUGCCUCAUGGUCUUCAAGAAUCACUGGGCCCAGGUGCUGAGGAUCCUGGAGAAGCGGGGCUCCAGGGCGGCCCAGGGCGCGGCCGACGACCUCAGCGCUGUGCGCAACAACACCUACCAGAUGGUGACCCUGCUGGCGGAGGAGCGCCCCCGCCCCGAGGCCGCCCCGGGCCCCAUCCUGGAGUUUGUGGUGUCGGAGGGGGUGCUGGAGCGCCUGCUGGGCUGGCACCUGCAGCGGGACGUCCCCGAGGAGCGCAAGGUGGAGCUGCUGAAGCUGUUCGAGGUGCUGAUCAGCCAGGCCCACCAGCCCCUGCUGCGGCAGCCGGCCCUGCUGCGCCCGCUGCUGCGCCUGCUGGGCCUUUGUGCCGGCCCGGCCUCCCCGCCCCUGGAGAGCACCCUGGUGCUGCUGCUCAACCAGCUCUGCGUCUCGGUGGCCAGGGAGCCCCCGCUGCUGGAGCGCUUCUUCCACCGCCCCGCCGAGCAGGGCCCCGCCAACCUCCUCGUCUUCUCCCUCCUCGUCCCCUUCACCCACCGCGAGGGGCUGGUCGGCCAGCAGGCCCGCGACGCCCUGCUCCUCCUCAUGGCCAUGUCCGCCGGCAACCGCACCGUCGCCCAGUACAUCACCGACAACUCCUACUUCUGCCCGGUCCUGGCCACUGGCCUCAGCGCCCUCUACUCCUCCUUGCCCCGCAAGUUGGAGGUCCGGGGGGAUGACUGGCACUUCUUGCGCCGAGAGGACUGGAUCGGGGUGCCUUCCCUGGUGCUCUUCAUGAACUCACUGGAGUUCUGCAACGCCGUCAUCCAGGUGGCCCAUCCCCUGGUCCAGAAGCAGCUGGUGGAUUACAUCCAUCACGGGUUCCUCGUGCCUGUCAUGGGCCCAGCCUUGCACAAGUCCUCCAUCGAAGAGAUGAUAGCCAGCACGGCCUACCUGGACCUCUUCCUGCGCAGCGUGAGUGAGGCAGCCCUGCUCAAGACCUUCCUGCGCUUCCUACUGCUCCACUGCCAUGACAGCACCACCAUCCUGGACACGCUGGUGGGGCGCAUCGCCAGCAACUCCCGUCUGUGCGUGGUCUCGCUCAGCCUCUUCCGGACUCUGCUCAGCCUCAACUGCGAAGAUGUCCUGCUGCAGCUGGUGCUCAGGUACCUGAUCCCCUGCAGCCACGUCAUGCUGAGCCAGAAGAGAGCCGUGAAGGAGGUGGACCUGUACGGCAAGGCGGCCGGCAAGUUCCUCUCACUGAUCCCCCAGUGCUGCCGCCCCGAGAGCCUCCCGCUGCCCGAGCGCGAGGAGGAGCACGCCGCCUGGUCCAAGGGCCACGGCAGCCCCAGCAUGGACUCCUCCGCCUCCGUCGUGACCGUCCCCAAGCCCUCCACGCCGUCCCGGAUCUCGUUCUUCAUGCGUCAGUCCAGCUUCACCGCGGAGGCCCCGGCCCCCACCCCCCGCUCCCCAGGGACCCCCACCGGGAGCCCCAGCCACCGGCCCGGCCGCUGGGAGGAGGUCUGCGAGCUGGAAGGGAACUACCUGGAGUACCUGCGGGACGCCCGGCUCCACAUCGACCGCUGCGUCUGGGCCUGCCGCGUGUGGUCCGCCCCCUACGACGGGGAGCAGCCCAGCCCCAGCAGCCUGGCCCCGCCCCCGGACGCCUCCUCCUUGCCAGUCAGCCAGGACUACUUUGGCCAAGCUCCCUUCCCUCCCGACGGGCACCCGGGCCGUGCGCCGGCCUCGCCCCGGACUAAAAAACGGGGCCUGUCGGAAGAAGCGGCCGACCCCGAAGGGGCCCCAGUUGGUCCGGAGCCCAGCCCCCCCACGUCUCCCAGCCCCCAGGACUCGGGGGCCCUGCUCAACGGGGCCCACGCAGACCCGGGCAUCAAGAAGGUCCGCCGGUGCCUCCCCGCCCGCGUUCUGGAGAAUGGCUCCGCCUCCAGCCCCGAGCCCGGUCCAGCCUCAGAGCCGCCGUCCGGUUCGGACUCGCUUCUGGACGAGCUGCUCAGCCAGGCGCCGCUGGAGAACGGGGGGGCCGCCCUGACCACCGUGGAGAAGUUCACGGCAGAGCUGAGCCGGCUGGAAGACGAGAUGGCGAACGGCGGCGGCCAAGCAGAAGAACCGUCCAGGCCGGGGGGGGCUUCCGAACCAGAUCCCCUCUCCCGCGAGGAGGAGGAGACCUACCGGAGCUUCUCCUCCCACCCUGACAGCGUGGGGCAGCCCAGGCCGGCCGACCCCCUGGCCCAGAUCAUCAGUAGCCCCCCACGGACCCCCGGGCCGCCCCCUAGCCAGCCGUUCACAGGGCCCUUCGUGGCCGUCCUCUUGGCCAAGCUGGAGAACAUGCUGCAGAACUCGCUCUACGUCAACUUCCUGCUGACGGGUCUCCUCUCCCAGCUGGCCUGCUACCCGCAGCCCCUCCUGCGCUCCUUCCUGCUCAACAGCAACAUGGUCUUCCAGCCCAGCGUCAAGUCCCUCAUCCAGGUCCUGGGCUCGGUGAAGAACAAGAUUGAGAACUUUGCUGCCAGCCAGGAGGACUUCCCUGCUCUGCUCUUCAAGGCCAAGAAGUACCUGAUUGCCCGCGGCAAGCUGGACUGGUCAGACACCCAGAACGCCACCCCGUCCCUGCGCCGAUCAGAGACCCUUGUGAAGAGCCGGAAGCCGUCCAUCGGGGAGCUGAUCAUGCGCCACACCAACAGCCCCACGCGGGCGCGCCAGGCGGCCCAGCUGGCCCUGCAGCACAUGCGCGAGGGACAGGUGAUGCAGGCGCUGUCGGGGGCCUCCCUCUUCCGCAGCUCCGCCGAGAAGCAGAGUGAGGCGCUGCGGGUGAAGAACGCCGUCUACUGUGCCGUCAUCUUCAGCGAGUUCCUCAAGGAGCUGGCCGCCAUCGCCCAGGCCCACGCCGUCACCUCGCCCUUCCUGCUGGAGCCACCCCAGAAGUGACCGGCCGGCGCCCCGGCGGCCCCCUGCCCCCCACCCCCGGCCUGGGGCUCUCAACUGGAAUCUCCCCUCCCCCUCUCGGCUGGGCACUGCCGGGCCUGCACUAAUUGGGGAGGAUGGAGUGAGGGCGUGGGCGGGG